ACUUCUUAUGCAUACUCUCACACUACUCUCUCGCGCUUCGUCGAUCCCUCGUCUCUCGAAUCGUCGUCGUCGUCUCCUCUUAGGGUUUCUCCUGGAUUAAAAAAACUGGAAUCUUUGGUUACUGAAGGUUAAUUUGCGUUUAUGAUCCUGAUCGUUUUGAAUUUUGCGGCUUCUCCUAUGUAAAAUCGAAUUCCUGAUGUUGCUGUAUUGAACUUUGAAGGUAUUCAUCUUCAGCGAGUCUGCAUCCUGAAUAUCGCUUGCUGAUAUUCUCUCUAAGAUGCCUGAAGCUCAAGCUCUCUUCUUUGUGGUCAUUCUGGUCUUAUUAUCUUUUUACAAUGUUCGAGUUUCUGGGGCACAAAGUACUGAUCCAGCUGAAGUUAAUGCAUUACGAGCUAUCAGAAGCAGUUUAGUCGAUCCCAUGAACCACCUUCAUACAUGGAAUAGCGGAGAUCCAUGUUUAGCAAAUUGGGCAGGGAUCUUUUGUGAUGCAAUGUCAAAUGAUAGUUAUCAGCAUAUACGUGAAUUGCAGUUGCUAAAGUUGAAUCUUUCUGGAAGUUUAGCUCCUGAGCUGGGUCAUCUGUCUCACUUGAAAAUAUUUGAUGUCAUGUGGAACAAGAUAAACGGUAGUAUCCCCAAGGAGAUGGGCAAUAUCACAACUCUGAAGCUUUUACUUGUGAGUGGUAAUCAGUUAUCUGGUUCUAUACCAGAAGAGAUUGGUUACCUUCCAAACUUAGAUAGACUACAAAUUGAUCAGAACCAAAUAUCAGGCCCAAUACCAAAGUCAUUUGCUAAUUUGAGCAGUAUAAAGCAUUUCCACAUGAAUAAUAACUCAUUAAGUGGUCAAAUCUCACCUGAGUUGUCCAGAUUACCACUUCUCCUGCAUUUCCUAAUGGACAACAAUAACCUGACUGGUUAUCUUCCUCCAGAAUUGUCAGAGAUGCCGAAACUGAAAAUUCUUCAGCUAGAUAAUAAUAAUUUCAGUGGCAGCAUUCCUGAUUCAUAUGGCAACAUGAGACCGCUUUUAAAACUGAGUCUUCGAAAUUGCAGCGUGAAAGGAACAAUUCCUGAUCUUAGUGGGAUUCCCCAACUUGGUUAUUUAGAUCUUAGCUGGAACCAGUUGGAGGGAUCUAUACCAACUAAUAAGCUUUCCACUAAUGUCACCACUAUUGACUUAUCACACAAUUUUCUGAAUGGAACUAUACCUUCAAACUUCUCGGGUCUUCCUAAUCUUCAGCUAUUGUCGCUUGCAAACAAUCUCCUGUAUGGCUCUGUUCCAUCCAAUCUCUGGGACAACAUAACUUUUGGUGGAAAUAGAAGUCUAGUCUUGGAUUUUCAGAGUAAUUCUCUCACAACAGUGCCAGAUGCUUUUGAUCCUCCUACAAACGUUACUGUAUUGCUUCAUGGAAACCCUGCAUGUGCCUAUGCAGACCGAAUCAAUAUAGCAAACUUUUGCCAGCCUCAAUUGGUCAACAAAGCAUCUGGAAAUACGACAAGAUUGACCUUUAACUGUAGUCCAUGCCCGGCGGAUGUCGAUUAUGAAUACAACCCAUCUUCUCCUAUACCUUGUUUUUGUGCGGUGCCACUUGGAGUUGACUUGCGACUGAAAAGUCCCGGAAUUUCAGACUUCCGUCCCUAUAUUUAUGAUUUUGAGAUAAACUUAACUUCUUUGCUAAAGUUGUUUGUAUAUCAGUUGUACAUUGAUCGAUAUAUAUGGGAAAAUGGUCCAAGGUUGAACAUGCACUUGAGACUAUUUCCAAGUAAUUCUAGUUUAUUCAAUGUGACCGAGAUUUUACGACUGAGACGUGUGCUUUCUGGGUGGGAAAUCACAUUGUCAGAUGUUUUUGGACCAUACGAGCUUCUCAACUUCACCCUGGGAUCUUAUGCAAAUGAGAUUCAUGAUCGUUCAUCAGGGAUAAGCAAGGGUGGAAUUGUGGGAAUUCUGAUGGGAGUCUUUGCUGGUGUAACUGCUCUGUCUGUAAUUUUUACAGUUUUUAUAAUGAGAAGGCGCUCUAGGAAAGGCCUCUCUUCCGAAAGGCACUCAUUGUCAAAAUUCUCAAUCAAAAUUGAUGGUGUAAAAUGCUUCACAUUUGAAGAAAUGGCUCUGGCCACUGACAAUUUCAACAGCUCAACUCAAGUUGGGCAAGGAGGCUAUGGGAAUGUAUAUAAAGGAAUCUUAGCUGAUGGAACAGUUGUAGCUGUUAAACGUGCACAUGAAGAAUCUCUACAAGGCUCAAAAGAGUUCUGCACGGAAAUAGAGCUGCUGUCAAGAUUGCAUCAUCGAAACUUGGUCUCCUUAAUUGGAUAUUGCGAUGAACAAGAUGAACAGAUGUUGGUCUAUGAGUUCAUGCCAAACGGUACUUUGCGCGAUCAUCUUUCUGCAAAAUCUGUAGUUCCUUUAAAUUUCUCUACGAGGUUACACAUAGCACUGGGCGCUGCUAAGGGUAUCCUCUAUCUGCAUACUGAGGCUGAUCCUCCUAUAUUCCACCGUGAUAUUAAAGCCAGCAACAUAUUGUUGGACUCUAAGUUUAUCGCGAAAGUAGCUGAUUUUGGUCUCUCAAAGCUCGCACCUGAACAAAACAUUGAAGGGAUAUUCUCUGGUUAUGUGUCCACUGUUGUAAAGGGCACCCCAGGUUACCUUGAUCCUGAGUAUUUCCUAACUCACAAAUUGACAGAUAGAAGUGACGUCUAUAGCCUUGGUGUUGUGUUUCUUGAACUAUUGACUGGAAUGAAACCAAUUGCACAUGGAAAGAACAUAGUUAGAGAGGCGAGUCUAGCGUGCCACUCCGGUAAGAUGUUUUCAAUCAUCGACAGUCGAAUGGGCCCCUACCCUCCCGAAUGCAUCGAACAGUUCGUCUUGCUGGCGCUUAGAUGCUGUCAGGAUGAGACCGAUGCGAGGCCAUCAAUGUCAGAAGUAGUCAGAGAACUCGAAAUCAUAUGGAAAAUGAUGCCAGAAGCUUAUAUUACUACUCCAACAGAAGAAUCCAUAGCAACGAGUUCUGAUAAGGUAUCCAAAUCAGUUUCAAAAUCCUCGGCACUAAGAAACCCUAAUUCCUCCUCGAAUGUCUCCACGAGCGAUGAUGUGUACAGUGGCAUGCACACAGUUAGUGUCACCCCUCGAUGAUGAAGAAAGCAUGUUUUAUUGAGAAUGUAUUACAUGUAAUGGUAUGUAUAUAGCAGGAAAAAGUAUUCCUAGCAAAUUUCUUGGUACGCAUUACAAGGGGCAAGUUCAUGCAGCUUUUUCUGGUCGGUUCUGCUUGUGUACUUUGAUAAAGAGACUGAAUAUAAGAUGAGAUCUUACAUUUCUCGGCACUGAUCAAGCUUUUCUGCAUAGAUGUCAAUAACAUGAAAUAUAGUUUGAUUUGUUAGUAA